ACGUUCAACCAUGGGGAAGAAGAGUCGCCCUGGAACUGGACGAAGAACAAUCCUACAGCUCUCUCCUCCACCUGGACAUCGCACGGGCACAUCGGGCGGACGAGAGGACUCAGGAUCGGACGAUGAGCAAGAAGGUGACGGCCAAGGAGUUUUAAGAGACUACACGAAAGAGAUGAAAACACCAGCAGUGAAGGCCACGCAGGGCUUGUCCCUGCUCGGUGCGUAUGAGGACAGCGAUGAGGAGGAAGGAGGGGAGCCUCAGCCACCGGCACCAAAGGCCAAGCUUAACCAGUCCACAGACAUCGACAGCACUUUAGCCAACUUUAUGGCUGAGAUUGAUGCCAUAACAACCCAACCAGGCCAGGCUGAUGAGACGGCCCCUGAGGGCGGUGCCUCUGCCUCUGCCUCAACCCCCCCACUCCCCGAAGCCAAAGCAGACCCAGUCGCACACGAACAGAAUGGACAGGCCCAAGCCUUCCAGUACGACACGCAGUGUUCCCUUGCCGGAGUGGGCGGCGUGGAGAUGGGAGACUGGCAGGAGGUGUGGGAUGAGAACACUGGCUGCUACUACUACUGGAACACCCAGACUAACGAGGUGGUGUGGGAGCUCCCCAACUACCUGGCCCAUCAGGUGCAGGACCUGCAGCACUACACCGACAGCUCCACGGUCAAUGGCAAUGGUGUCUCUCAGAGUGCCGGGUAUUACGCUGGGGAGAACGCCACUGUGUCCUCCAGCGCCACAAGCUCAAAGAGGGAGACCAAGAAGAAAGAAGUCAUGGAGAGCGUUGUCGCCCUAACCAGCGAGGAAGAGGAGCGGAGAGGUGUGGCCGCCUCACUCCUGGCUCCGCUCAUUCCAGACGAGGUGAAGGAGGCGGAGGAGAGGUGGAGGAAGAGGGUCUUGGCGGCGGACGGGAAGGCAGACUCCCUGGAUGGAGAGGGGGAGGACGGAACCCCCGCCACGGGGUCGCCGGCCGUUCGUGACCCCGAGAGCGGCGCACCCAGCAACCAUGCCAGCCGCAGCCAGUCACCAGACCACUCAGAAGCUGAGGAGGACACCAUGGAACUGGAAUUGGCAUUGGAGAGGAAAAAGGCAGAGCUGCGUGCACUGGAGGAGGGUGACGGCAGUGCCGGGGGCUCCAGCCCCUGCUCAGAGGUCAGCCAAGAUGGCCGCCAGGGCCUGGCCGCCAAGAAGGGCAAGUGGAAGACGUUCCUGCGGCCGCCGGCCAGCCCAGAUUCCACCAGUCGCAGCUCAGUCAAGGCCGACCCAGACGCACCAGAACCGAGCGACGGACAUUCCAGAUCUUUGGACAAGGCGGACGAGGGUGAGGGUGAGGAGGAGGAGGAGGAGGAGAAAGAGGAGAAUGGUGUCUCCAGGCUGCAGCCCAAGGAGGAGGAAGAGCCUGCAGACCUCAAGUUUCAGAUCGGGGAGCUUGCCAACACAUUAACCAGCAAGAUGGAGUUUUUGGGGAUCAACAAAAAAGCCAUAUCUAACUUUCAGCUGCUUUUACUACAGACAGAGACACGGAUAGCGGAUUGGCGGGAGGGUGCGCUGAACGGGUCCUUCCUGCGUCGCAAGCUUCAGGACGCUGCCGAACAUAUAAAACAUUAUGAACUUAACGCCGCCCCUAAAGGCUGGUCCUGCCACUGGGACAGAGAACAUAGGCGGUAUUUCUAUACGAACGAGCGGACCAAUGCGUCCCAGUGGGACUUCCCCGUAGUUGAGGACCAGGCGGAAGAAGAUGAUGAUGAUGAUGACGACGAGGAGGAGGAGGAGGAGGGGAAGGCCGGCAAGCAGCCCGACACAGCAACAGCUCCACUGACCAACUCCGCUGGGGCGGCGACAGGUACCACAGCAUCCCCCUGGCCGCCAGCUCCAGGCUUGCCGCCGCCCCUUCCGCCCCUUCCCCCAAAUGAACCCCCUCCCCCUCCCUCAGAGGCACCACCGCCUCCUCCACCGCCCCCUGACUCACCACCCCCUCCGCCGCCUCCUCCGCUAAGCGACGAUGGAGAGAUCGAGGAGGUGGAGAUGGAGGACGAGGAAGGAGAGCCACCAGCCCCGGGCACAGAGGACAGCAAGGCGGCAGAAGCAGCAGCGUCCAUGGGAAUCAGAGGUCAGAAGCGUAAAGCAGGUGGAGCUCCGUCAAACAAAUCGGUGACCAUCGGGAGCAGUCCAGUCCUCUACACCCAGUCCAUUGCAACAGCCGCUCCGGUGUUGAAUGCUGCUGCCUACUGGGGCAUGGCUGCUCCCCCACUACUUCCUGAAGCCGCCGCUCCCCCCGCCCCUCCUGUCCAGGCCCCUCCCCCGCUGCCCCAACCCCCCGCCCCAACCGAGCUAGACGCAGCCAAGGCCCUGGCACGGGACAAGACCAAGAAAACCAAGAAGGAAAAGGCCAAGAAAGGCAAGACCAAGAUGCCUUCGCUGGUGAAGAAGUGGCAGACCAUCCAGAAGGAGCUGGACGAGGAGGAGAAGAGCAGCUCCAGCGACGAGGACCGCGACCAGCUCAACAGCCGCCGCAUCGAGGAGUGGAAACACCAGCAGCUGCUCACGGGGAAGGCGGAGAGGAACGCUAACUUUGAGGCGCUGCCUGACGACUGGCGGCAGAGGCUACUGAAGAAGCGCAAAAUGACGUCCAGCUCGUAGUCUCGGGACGCCGCCCACUCCCUGAUCAAACCGAUCGAUCACCUGCUAAUCAAUAAUGAAUAGACUCUGACUGGUGACUCUGACUUGACUUGUCCUGCCCAUAUCACUUUACGCCUCUCACGUCUCCCCCCAACACCCCCCCCCCCGUCUGGAUAGGACAAAAAAGGCAAGAGUCAACUGUGGACUAUGGUGCAAAUUCACAAUGUGUCCUUGUAUCUUACAUAGUGCGCCAUGUGUGCACAUGUGCUGCAACGACCUGAUGCACUAUGAAAGGAACAAGGAGAUGACUUGGACAGAGCUCGCGUUGGUGUUUGCCGCCAGCUCUGAUACACUUUUUUUUUAUACAUGUAUAUAAAUAUAUGCAGCUGGUGUGCCAUAACUCAUGUAACAGUCAAUGUUGGAUAACACACACACACACACACACACACACACACACACACACACACACACACACACACACACAUCCCCUCCCUUUGUAAUACUCAGACACGCUGAUACCAGUUUGAAGUCAUAGUAUUUGGAUCAUGUGAUGUGUACUUCAGUGCUACUAUGGCACGUCAAAGAAAAAGAUGUGUACCAGUUUACCUCUCGCUGUUACUCUCGUGUAACAUGUAAGUCACAUUGUUUAGAGAAAUUCAGGCCUUUGGCCAAUGGUCACAUCAAAUAAUUGUCCCCAUUCACUCACACAUUGAAACUAACCGAAUGUAUGAAGCCUCUUAAAUGCGGCGUUGCCCCCCACCCCAACACCCGUUUUUCUUUUCUUUUUUUCUUUUUUCUUGUACUUUUCUUCCCCCUCCUUUCCCCCCAUUGCUGCAGAUGAUGUGCUGUAUUGGUGAACUCAUAUUGUUUGUCUCACACAACCACCUUACUUGCAGUUUGAUUACUUGUUUGUUAUUGAAAGGGGUGAAUGGCCAAGAAACAUUUUUAAUGUGUAAAUAAUGAUAAACUUUUUUUGCCACUUCUGUUAAACCUUA